UGGUCAGGUUAGUUGAUAGCAAGAGUUAGGGCAAAAACAACAAUAAUUGAAACAUAGUGCCAGCAUUGGCGUCGUGUAAAACAACAGUGAACCAUGGCCAAUCGACGGAAUACGACCAAAGUCGAGGCACUUAUUGAAAGCUGUCGGAGCGAUGGAAAAUGGCAGCGUGUCUUGGAGCUGACAGAUGAGCUAAAGACUGGCUCGCCGCACAAUGAGUGCCUGGCCAACUUUCUGGUGGGGGAAGCGCGACUAGAAAACUAUCUGGAGGAGAACGCACCCAUCGAGUCUAAUUUUGGUCGCGCUAAGAGCGGGCUCGGGGAAGCACGACGUUACCUGAACUUGGCGCUAGGUGAGAGCGGCCAGAAGGCGGGAAUAGCCUUGGAUGCCUAUUUGUUGCUGGCCAAGUUAAGCUUCGCUUGCGGCGAGUACGAGCAAAGCUUGGAGAACUUUGUGAAGGCCGAGCUUAAUACGCUGGCCGAAAAGGAAUUGACCUUACGCAGCUUGAAAAUUCUAGCCGAGAGUUAUGCCAUCAGGGGUCUGUGCUUGGAGCAACAAACGACCAAGCCCACAUCGAAGUUUAAAAAGGCCGAAAAGGAGGCGGAGAUGAUCUCCAGCUUUGAGCGCGCCACCGAUUUGGGAUUGCUUUAUCUGCAGGAGCAGGAUGUGGCCAGCGGCAGCAACAGUUCAAACAACUCAACCGCCGGCUCCACGCUCAACGUGAACGCGACCGUUCAGCAAUCGGCCAGCAAUUUCGCUAUAAGCAGCACCAUUCCCGCCUCCGGGGCGCACGAGGUGAAUCGUCGCAUGGGUGCCAUUCUCGAGACGGCGCUGCAGCGUGCGCCAAUUGUGCUGAUUAAGGCGGGCAAGUUACAGGAUGCAGUGGAACGUUAUCGCAUCAUGCUGAAUGCUAUUGAGACAAGGACCACGCAGUCACUGCGUCUGACCCUUGCACGUCAGUUGGCCGAGGUUCUGCUGCGCGGUGUCUCGGGCACCAUUUACGCUCUGCCCUUCAAAGGCAAAUCCGGGGGCAGCACAUUGCGCGGUAGUGGCCGGCAGCUGUGGAAGCCACACAAGUAUGCGGCUCGUCAACAAUUCUCGCCACGUAAUCAGCAGGAGGAGAUCAUCCUGCUGCUGCUCAUAGCUGAAGCAUUAGCCGUACGCGAUACGGUUCUAUCGCAAAGUCCGGAGUUCCGCGUGGCCCGUCAGCAUGCAAUGGGAAAUGUCUCAGCAGUCUAUGAUCUUCUCACAUUGGCCACUGUACGUUGGGGCCUGGUUCAGUUGCUCCACGAAUCCUUUGAGAAGGCUCUGAAGUUCAGUUUUUCCGAGCAGCAUGUUUGGCGGCAAUACGGACUUAGUUUGAUGGCUGCCGAAAAACAUGCUCACGCUCUGCGCGUACUCCAGGAAUCCAUGAAACUAACUCCCAGCGAUCCAUUACCCUGCCUUUUAGCCUCCCGCUUGUGCUAUGAAUCUUUGGGCUCCGUCAAACAAGGGCUCAACUAUGCCCAACAGGCUCUUAGGCGCGAAGUGAAGGGUUUUCGGCCGUCACGCAGCCAACUCUUUGUGGGCAUCGGCCACCAGCAAUUGGCCAUUGAAGCCACGUUGAAGAGCGAUCGCGAUGCGUACAAUAAAUUAGCGUUGGAGACCUUGGAACGGGCCGUGCAGUUGGAUGGCAACGAUCAUCUUGCUGAGUAUUACCUUGCGCUGCAAUAUGCGCUGCUAAACAAUGUGGGCGAGGCGCUCAGUCACAUCCGAUUUGCGUUGGCCCUGCGCAUGGAGCACGCUCCCUGUCUGCAUCUAUUUGCACUUCUGUUGACCGCUUCACGGCGCCCACGUGAGGCGCUGGGCGUCGUGGAUGAUGCACUGCACGAAUUUCCCGAUAACUUAAACUUGCUACACGUGAAGGCGCACUUGCAGCUACAUCUGGAGGAUGCGGAGACGGCCCUCUCGACGGUGCAGCACAUGUUGGCGGUCUGGAGAGAGAUUUACGAAGGGCAGUUGGCUGGUGAGGAAGAGAAGCACUCGGAUACGAAGAGCGGCGUGCAUUUAAUGCACUCCUCGCAAAUGUCUGACAAGGAUUCAAAUUCCGUCUAUGCCGUUUCUCUGGCUGCAGUGUCGCGUGUGGAGCAUGCGCUGAGCGAGGCCGCCAGUUCGCUUAGUUCGUUCACUCAGCGUCCAGGACCUCGACGGCCUUGGAUGCUGCAAAUUGAGAUUUGGUUACUGCUCGCGGAUGUCUAUCUCCGGAUAGAUCAGCCCAAUGAAGCGCUCAAUUGUAUACAUGAAGCCACCCAAAUCUACCCACUUUCCCAUCAAAUUAUGUUCAUGCGCGGCCAAGUGCAUGUCUAUUUGGAGCAGUGGCUCGAUGCGAAGCAAUGUUUCCUCAACGCUGUUUCUGCCAAUCCAAAUCACAUGGAGGCUUUACGUGCCCUGGGCGAGACCCACUUAAUUAUGGGCGAACCUCGUUUGGCGGAGAAAAUGCUCAAGGAUGCAGCUAAAUUAGACCCCAAUUGUCCAAAAAUAUGGUUCACACUCGGAAAAGUCAUGGAAACUUUGGGCGACUACAGCGCUUCGGCGGACUGCUUCGCCACUUCGUUACAGCUGGAACCAUCGUGUCCUGUGCUUCCGUUUACCUCGUUACCUUUAGUUUUUGAAUAGGUAUUCGAUUGAUAGAUAUGUAUGUUCAGAGCUCUGACAUUUGUUUUAAUCGUGUAACUUAAGAUACCUAAACUAACCUCAACGUGAACAGCAAUAUUACUUACUUACUGUUAGAUAUUACCUACGAACAUACAAACAAAUAUUUGUUGACAUCAGUAUUACGACAGGCGUUGUAUUCUGUACAUGACUUUCUGUGUGUAAAUUAUUAGCUAGUUGUAUGGAAAAUCUUCAAAGCAAAGUCCAAAUAUACGUAUGCAUAUUUAUCCGACACUUGUAGUAGAGUUCAUAUCACACCAUUGAUAGAAACCUAUAUGUGUGCAUACCGUAGAAAACAUGGUCACAGUCUCUCCAACUAAUUAUUCCCUUAUACAAUCAUCUAUAUGUUUUUACUGGGUUCGGUAUUGCGCUAUUUUCGACGUUAAGUGGAAAGGUAAUAGUGUGUCAUUUAGAUUAAUUAUUGAAUUGAAGUAUUUUGUCUGUUAUUUGUUGAAAUUGAAUAUGAAUAAUAAAAAUAUACCUAAAUACGAUAUAUGGUACAUAUAUUGAUGGUUGGAUGUAAGCCGACCUUUGCAACACAAAUAAAAUAUUAUGAAUUUGCCAAAUCAGUCAGU